AUGAAAUACUCGGAGAUCUACGAUGAUACCAGUAAAAGAUGGUUAUCUGUUCGACGAAUUAGUAUUUUCAUGAGAAAACACAAGAAUCAAAUCUUUCUUGUGGUCAUUGUGCUCUAUUUGAUUUUCCACGUUUUCACAGCCAAUUUCGAUAUUUUCAACAAACAGCAAAUUGAAUUACAGGUUAGCAAGGAGAAUAGUGGGCUAAACUUCAAAACUAUAGGAGAAGAUCUCAGCAAAAAGAAUUCUAUUUCAAUCGAGCAUUCCACUCUUAGAGAGAGAAUGGCAUACUAUUUCCCAUAUGAACCCGAGAAGCCAAUACCUCGAAGUGUAUGGCAGACAUGGAAAUGUUCAGAAGACGACCCCGAUUUUCCCUCUGGUUACACUGUCCCUCACCAAUCCUGGAAGCUGCUGAAUCCGAAGAGCGAUGUGUUUUUGAUUUCAGAUGAUCAUGUAGAUUCGUUUAUUUCCAAUACGUUUGCUGACAUCCCGGAGAUCGUCAGAACAUUUGAAAUGUUACCAAAGAAUAUAUUAAGGGCAGAUUUCUUUCGAUAUUUAGUGAUAUUUGCUCGUGGAGGAACCUAUUCGGACUUGGAUACCGUCUGUUUGAAACCUAUCGACAGUUGGGCUGCAUUUGAUCCUAAAUAUAAUGACAAUGGAAAGAACAAUAAGAGUGAGGAAAAGAUCAGUAAGAGUGACGACGACGGUCAUAGUAUGUUCACCUCAGUUGGUUUAAUAAUGGGGAUUGAAGCAGAUCCUGAUAGACCAGACUGGGCCGAUUGGUACGCUAGAAGAAUACAGUUCUGUCAAUGGACAAUUCAAGGUAAAACAGGACAUCCUCUGUUGAGAGAAUUGAUAAUUAGAAUAGUGCAAGAGACAGAAAGAAAGCAGAAUAUGGGUAAGCUUAAGACUGUUGAAGGUAAAGAUAAAGGAGGAGAUAUUAUGCAAUGGACAGGCCCAGCAAUAUUCACAGAUACAGUACUUGAUUACUUGAAUAAUGUUAUGAGUAACGGCCAAUCAGGUGAUGGAUAUGGGAUUGGCUCCAAAUACUGGCUUCAAAAUAAGAAGUAUAAGGUAACAAAGCCGGAGAUGGGGGAAAAUGGCGAACCACUAAAUUCUGAUAGACAGGAAAUUAAUUGGAAGACCUUUACUAAUAUGCAGCAACCGUUGAUCAUUGACGAUGUGAUGGUUCUUCCAAUAACUAGUUUCAGUCCUGGUGUGGGCCAGAUGGGGUCCAAAUCUAUCAAGAAUCCCCUUGCAUAUGUCCAGCAUCUCUUCGGAGGUACAUGGAAGCCACGAGAUGAGAGAAUGCCCUAA